AUGCCCCCGAGGAAACGAGGCAGGUCGAGCCUGGCCACGACGGCGGCCGCGCCUCAGGAGGAUGAUGCGAUGGAAAUCGACACGCCCCAGGCGGCCUCAACCCCGACCACCACCGCGGCCCCGACAACGCACCCCACCGUCGACCUUACCAGCCCAUGGACUGACGACCAGGUUGCGUCGCUCUUCAAGGGCAUAAUUCGAUACAAACCUGCGGGCAUGCACAAGCAUUUCAGGAUGAUCGCUAUCUCCGAGCACCUGAGAAAGCAUGGGUUUGACCCAAACGUACUAAAGCACACUCGCAUCCCCGGGAUAUGGGAGAAGCUGGGGACCUUCUACAACAUCGAUGUGAUUGACGAUCGCGAGAAUAACAUCCUCGACGACGAGAGCCUCGAGAAGAGAUGGCUCGAAUUUCGCCUGCCCGUCGGCGAGUACCAUGAGCUUCAGGACCAACGACGUUAUGGCGUUCCGGGAGAGGACGACACACCUGCGACCUCACCGGCGCAGUGGGAUCCGGAUCAAAGCCCAGAUCCGCAGCCCAACCCAAAGACUGCAGCGCCUGCCGCCGCACCGACCAAGCGGAAGCGUGGAGAGCGCCUCUCCAAGGCUCGGUCUAGCACGGUAGAGGACUCGGACGAAGAGCCCACGACUCCACCCAAAGCUGCUCGAGGCGGAAGGGGUGGUCGAAGACGAGCCAGCGCAAGAGCAAAGGCUGAAAAUAAUGAGGAGGAAGAAGAAGACGAAGAAGAAGGACAGGAAGAUGAGGAUGGUGAGGAUGAACAAGACGGAAGUGGCGAUGAUGAUGUUGAGAACUCGAGCGAAGCUGAAGGUUCCGCGAGCGAAGAAGCAGAAGCUGCAGCGUCUACGGCAAAAUCGACACGGGCUGCCCGCGGGCGUGGGAGAGGCGGCCGUGCUCGUGGUCGUGGUCGGGGAAGACGAGGUCGGGGUGGCUGA